CAUUGUAAAUAGAAAAAAUAUCCAUCGCACCGAUUGAGUACGUGUUACCCCUAAUUACCGAUAACCAUUUAAAAUUUUGCAGUUGUCGUUUACGACUGCAUGUGGCUUCAAUGGCAUUUCCGUAAUAGUCUAACUUUAUGAUGGAGUCCGCAUCAAAUAGAACAGAUCUGGAUAUGGAACGUGUUUCAAUGUGUUUUCUCUGGAUGGCACUAAUCCAGUUGUACGUGAUAUGUGCAAUCUUCGCCACACAGCUGUACCUGUUGAUAGUGGUAGCGAGGAGACAUCUCCAUCCUACACCGUGGACGUCGGUGUCCGCGGUGGGAAUUCUUUAUACCCUGUAUUAUGGAUAUAUUCUUUUUCGCCUAUUGAGUAGAGACCCUACUAAAUGUACGGACAUUUAUAUUCCUAAUCUAUUGUGUACUGCAUUGAUGUUAACUUUACUCUUUUUAGUCAACAGGAAGGAAUUUAAUAGUGUAAACAAUAUAAUCGUUGUGAGUUUUGUUAGUCUUUCAACUUUGUGUUUAGUUUUGGAAUACAAUAUCAUGGAUAAUACUAACGGAAGACUUGAACAAUCUGCACUAUUUUGUCGAUCAGCUCGAGAUAUGCUACCAAUCUUUGCCCAGGAAUACUUUACAUUGGAUCUCCCAUUAUUAGUGAUUGGGCUUAUUCAACGAAGUGAUGUCUGUUCAUCCUGCAUUGAGUGCAGACAAUGGGAAAAGAUACAAUCGGAUCUCCUCAGACUGUUUUCAUGUGUGCUGUUGAUUUUAAGACCACUUCAGAUAUACUACCUUGCAACCCUGGACUUUCAGUACUCCGACAUAUUUCUCAGUUAUGCCAAUCUCAUGGCAUUUGUUUAUGUUUAUAUAAAGAGUAUAAAAGUUUCUAGCAAAGACAGUGCAGUGGCUACUCAGGAGAUACUCGGUAUAUUGCCGAGCUAUUGGAAAGUGGGAAAAUGAAUACUUAAAUAUACAAACUAAGUAUCAUAAAAACAACAUUUACAAGAAUUUCAAUUGUGCAAUAAAUUUUAAGGCAUUUUUCUAACU